CUGGAAUCUCUUUGUUUCUACUGGGCUACAGCAGUUCCGGCUGAAAUACUGUGAAACCAGAAACCAGUGUAAAACUUUGAUCCACCAGUCAAGGAUAGCUUACGAAACCCAGUUAGUUAAAAGUUCACCAGGCUGCCCAAAAAGACUCUUCUCAUAUAUCAAGAGAAGAACACGUAAGAGUGAUGCUAUCCCACCUCUUAUGCUUGAAGAUGACCAGACAAACAUGGCUGAGGAUAACUUGACUAAGGCUGAGGCUUUGUCCAAGCACUUUAGUCAAGUAUUCUCUGAUAAUAUUGAUACCAGCUUUGUAAAUUUUCCAGAAGGUAACUUGAAAAUGGCACCCUUAUACAUUGGAAAGGAUACUGUCCUAAAGUGGCUUCUAAGGCUCAAUCCUGGUAAGUCCAGUGGCCCUGAUGAACUCCACCCACGUAUAUUAACAGCAUUGGCUGAAAGCAUAGCCGAGCCAUUGUCGGUAAUCUUCAAUAUGUCUCUGGACCAGUCUAAAUGUCCAAGAGACUGGAAAGAUGCCAUCAUUAGUCCGGUCUUCAAAACCGGAUCUAGAAACUUAGUUCAGAACUAUCGUCCUGUUAGUUUGACCAGUAUUGUUGUUAAACUACUAGAAAGAAUAAUUCGUGAUGCUAUCAUUCAGUUCAUUGAAGGGAACAAACUUUUCGCUGUGGAACAGCACGGUUUUAGAGCAGGUCAUUCUUGCUUGACCAACCUUCUUUUGGCCAGAGAAAGUUGGGCAAGCUCAGCUGAUGCUAAUAUACCGGUGGAUGCCAUAUUCAUAGACCUUAGCAAGGCGUUUGACAGGGUUUCUCAUUCAGGUCUUCUAGUAAAGUUAGGUAGUCUGGGAAUCAAUAAAGUGGUUACCGACUGGAUUCAAGACUUUCUAAAGGACAGAAGACAAAGAGUACGAGUUAACGGGGUUUUAUCAACAUGGGAAUCGGUUAAGAGUGGCGUUCCUCAGGGUACAAUUCUAGGCCCACUUCUUUUCCUGAUUUAUGUUAAUGAGAUUCCAUCGGUAGUUAAGUCAUCCUGCUUACUGUUUGCUGAUGACAUCAAGAUAUGGAGGGCUUUGCACGAUGACAGUGAUCAACUUGCUUUGCAGGAAGAUUUAAACUUGUUAAGUGAUUGGUGUAAGCACUGGGCCUUGGAGAUUAACUUAAGCAAGAGUGUAGUUAUGCAUGUAUCUCAUAGUCACGUGCACAAUUACUCAAUGAAUGGCAUUACUCUCCCAGUGGUCACUGAGUACAAGGACUUGGGAGUGGUUGUGCAGCAUGACUUGAAAACAGCAACAAACUGUAGAACUGCAGCCACUAAGGGUUUUCGAAUGUUAUGGGCCAUACGCAAGGCUUUUGCGAACUUUGACGCUGAUAUAUUUC